AUGGCCUCUCUCGACCUCUUCUGGCAAACGCUGGAUACCCCUGGCGUAGCGCUGUACGCCCUCCCCAUCGCACACUUCCUGGGCUUCGUGCCCCAUGUGCAAAAACUGAUGAUCCUCCGGUCAGCGAAAGACGUCCCCACCCUGGUCAUGGCUGAAGCGGCUAGGCUAGAAGCAGCACACGCGAACGCGUCCGAGAACUUUCCUCUCCUGUUGGGGGCCGUUGGGGCAGGGCUGUACGCGGGCCUGGACACGAGAGUCGUUAAUGGAUUUGCUGUUGCUUAUUUGGUGUGCAGGGUGGUGUUCAAUAUUGCGUAUGCGAACCAGACUACCCACGCGGUAGCGGGCAUUCGGACGGUUGCAUACUGGACUGGCACCGUGUGGGCGAUGUACAUCAUGGUGCUGGCGGGGAAUACGCUGGCCCGGAAGGCUGCUCUGUGA